AGUUGGGCUAGCCUCUCUUCAAUAGCCUCCGUACAACUGCGAAGUGAUAACAUUCUGAACUAUAUGUAAAAUGAGACUUGUUUUGUAGUUUAUUAAAUGGAACAGCUACCACUUGCGGCUGUCCUCUUCUCAGCUCUGUAUUUCACACGACAGUAGCACUUCUCAAGUCGUAUGUGCCGCAUGUCAAAGCCAACAAAGUUUAUCGUUAUUUCUUCCGUUGAACAAUCAUAAAGAACUGAAGCGUUUUGCGAAGGAAAAUGUUUUUUCCUAACGGCAUAGAAAGAUAUUCGCUAUGGUUUCCUUUGUUCCAACUACUAUUGCUGUCGGUGUGCGAUUCCCAGUCGUCUUCAGUACCAAAGGUGCAAUUGUAUGUGGAUACAAUUUCACAGAUGAACAAUACAGAGUAUGUGCGUGAUGUAAUGCGCCAGGCAAAGUCGGCCGAAAUGCGCAACUACAUGCAACCGGAUGUGAAUGCUUGUGAUGACUUUUUUCAACACGCUUGCGGUAAUUGGGCGAAAAUUAAUCCAACGGAGCCAUGCAGCUUAUUGGAAACAACAUUUCUUUCACAACUGCUCAGCACCUAUGAUAAAAAGCAGUUAAAAGUACUUUUGGAGGAGAUACAGGAGAACGAGGACAAAAUUAUAAUAAAAGUGAAAACAUUCUUUGGCGCGUGCCAGAAAGUUGACGAGACGCAAAAGGAGCGUCACAAAAUGAAGCUAUAUGAGAUUGCUGAGGAGUUUGGGCAAAUGCCAGUACUUAUACCAGAGGGAACAUGGGAAGCCAGCAAAUUCGACUGGUUGCCCACCAUUGCGCGUAUACAAAACAAAUACGGACUAGAUAUCAUACUCCAAUUAGGCGUGCGAGAAGACUUUGUAAAUAAAACCAUAAAUAAAAUAUUCAUUGGGCAGCCAAAAUUAGAACUACAGAGUAAAGCCAUGUAUAAAAGUCCAGCUACUAAAUGGCACCGUGACAAAUAUAAAGAAAAAAUUUCGGAAGCUUUGCAAAAGCAUUUGGAUAUUAAUGAAAAAGUUGCAGAAAGAACAGCACACGAAAUACUUUAUUUCGAAUCGAGAUUAGCUGAUGGCAUGACAGAUCGGCGAUCAGCAAAGACGCUGAAAUCUAUGGCUGUGUUACGCACGGUUGACGAAAUGUAUUCAGUUUAUGAAGGCAAGUUAGAUAUUCAAACGUAUCUUAAUAUUAGUUUAGGACAAGAAUUUAAUGCAACGUUUUACGAGUACCACAUGGAGUAUCAAAAGAACCUUGUACAGCUGCUUAAGGAGAUGCCUAUGGAGCAAGUAGCAAAUUAUAUUAUGUACCAAUUACUUAAGACGUUCUUUUUUGAUUACAAAGCAACAAAUAGGGCUAAGAAAAAGCUUUGUUUGAAUAAAACCAAACAUUUUUUCGCAAAAGUCCUGGAUAACAUGAUAUUUCGAAAAUUCAAUGAUAAGAAUACAGUGGCAGAUAUUAAUCUCAUUUGGCUCAAAAUCAAAGAAACUUUUAAAAGUGAACUUGAAUCAAAUAACUUAAAUUGGAUAUCGCCAGCAACACGAAAAUUGGCUUUAGAAAAAUUAGAGGCAAUGAGAUUAGAAAUCAACUCAUAUGAAGAAUUAAAGUUCAAUGAAAAAUACGCAAAUUUAGUAUUAAGUAAUACUGAUUACAUAGAGAAUUUGAAACAAGUUUUUAUUCAGCAAACUAAACGGUCUUUAGACACUCUCCGACAACCCCCUAUGGCAGUAGAAAUGCCUGUAACAUUCUCAGUUUCACCCGCCUACAUUAACAGAGAAAAUUUAAUUAGAAUACCCGUUAUAUUACUACAACCAAAUUUUCUCUGGUCCGAUCACUAUCCGAACGCACUGAAAUUUGCCACAAUCGGCUCUUUAAUGGCACACGAACUUAUUCAUGGUUUCGACGAUGUGGGACGUCAUUUCAAUACCUCUGGCAGUGAACAAACCUGGUGGGAUAACAAUUCCACUGAUGCUUUUAAUGAACGAAAGAGAUGUUUUAAGCGGCAAUAUUCGUUAUACCGCUACAAUGGCAAUUAUCUCCCACCGAAUGAGUUGCAAGCGGAAAAUAUAGCCGACAAUGGAGGCAUACAAUUGGCCUUCAAAACCUAUCAGAAAUGGAUUGUCACUUUAAAUGAUAUCAUUCCGCGGGAGCGCGAACGCCUCCUAGCAUUGGAAACGUUGCCUAAUUUGAACUUCACAAACAAACAACUAUUUUUCCUCGCUUUUGCACAAUUUUGGUGCAACAAUAUGGAUAUGCACUUUAGGGACAAAGAUUCGUUGAUAAGUUUACAUGCAUCGGCAAAAUAUCGGGUUAUUGGCUCUUUGGCGAAUUUUCAAACGUUUGCUGAGGAGUUUCACUGCGGCACGGGCACCACAAUGAAUCCAAAACAUAAAUGUAAAAUCUAUUAAUUAUCGAAUGGCUAAUAAAUAAUUCAUCAUUACAAAGGA